GGUACAUACUCACAAGAGUAGAGAUUCAGUUGAAUAAAAAGCUGACAAUGAGUGGAGUAGUAAUAUGGUACUUUAUCUGCAUAUUUUGCGGAGUUUUUGGAGCAAGACCCAAAGACUUGGAGGUUUCUGGAACAACAGAUAGCACCCUAGAAACGGACUUAACUACUUCCGGUCUGGAAUAUGGUCUAAUUACCGGCAACUUGAGUAUCUGCGGCAAUGUGGCAGAUAAUGUGUUUCUACCAUUUGUGGGGGACUGUAAUAGGUACUACCUUUGUCGCUCUGGUCGAGCCAUAGAGCUGCAAUGCGAAUGGCCUUACGAGUUCAAUGCAAAUACCCAGAGCUGUGUACAUCCUGGUGAAGCUGAUUGUCUGCCCACCUGCGAGGCCUUCAAUUUCAGCACCUUCAGUUACCAGAGAACCUGCACGAGGUACGUGCUGUGCUACUACGGAAAACCUGUUCUACGGCAAUGCCAGGAUGGCCUUCAAUACAACUCUGCCACAGAUCGCUGUGAUUUUCCCCAAAAUGUCGAUUGCGUGGAGUCCGAGUGUUCCAUCUACUCCAAUGCGUAUCAUCUGCGCUAUGUUCCCAGCAAGGUUUCCUGCCAGAAGUACUUCAUCUGCGGCAACGGAAUUCCCAGGGAGCAAACCUGCACUGUUGGCCUCCACUUUAGUACCAAGUGCGAUUGCUGCGAUAUUCCAUCCAAGUCGGACUGCCAGAUUCCAGCUAUGAACAGAAAAGUGCAGCAGCUAUCACGACUUUCACCUGGUGCUACUGAAGGAAUCUGCCCACCAUCCGGGGUCCAUUUCUAUGUCCAUGAGUCUCGACGGGAUGCCUAUUACUAUUGCGUGGAUGGACAUGGUCUGAUUCUGGAUUGUUCGUCGGGUCUUUGGUACGAUCCCAAGGUUCAGGAGUGCCGUGAACCCCAGAAUGUGGGCCUGUAACAUGGCUGAUCUGAAUAAAAAAAUCUUUAUGUGACGAAAGUACUAUAGAUGUUUCAGUUAUU